AUGUCUGCCCGUCGACCCCACCAGAGCUACGCCGAUGCUGCGGCCAAGUUACCACAGGAGCCAACCGACUCCGACGUGACGCCAGUCGUCCCAGCCGAUGUCAUCUACAAGCUCCUGGGUUUCACAGUAGCUAUGCUGUUUGCCCCAAUUGGCAUGUACUUUCUGACAGUGAACUUGGUUUUUGGAGGAAAUGCGACUUGGGCCGGAAUCACAGCAGCCAUUACGGCUAACGUGGUCUUAUUCGCCUAUAUCUACGUUGCUUGGAAAGAAGACCAAUCAGACCGGAUAGAGGCUGAGAAGUCCAAGUCCAAGAAAGCGCAAUAA